AUGGGUGAAUCAAUUAUACAGGCGAAAUCAUCAGCACUAGAACCACACAGAACAGUGGCCAGUAGAGUUACUGGGAACAUGAAUCAUAUCAAUGCUAGAGAAGUAACAAAUGCUGAAGAUUUAUUAGCAGAAAUUGGUUAUAAACAAGAAUUGAAAAGAACAUAUACCACAUUCCAAGUCUUUGGUGUUGCAUUUUCUAUUAUGGGAUUACUACCUUCAAUUGCAACUGUGUUAGCAACAGGUUUAGUCACAGGUCCAGUAGGAUUAAUAUGGGGUUGGUUUGCUGUUGGAUUCUUCAUAUUGGCUGUUGGUAUUGCAAUGGCUGAGUUAGCUAGUGCUAUUCCAACUUCUGGGGGUCUUUAUUAUUGGACAUAUUAUUACGCACCUCCAAAAUAUAAGGCAUUUUUAUCAUUCAUGAUUGGUAUAACGAAUUCAUUAGGAUUAGCAGGUGGUGUUUGUUCAAUUACAUAUGGAUUUGCGCAACAAUUACUUACUGCAGUUUAUUUUGGACUUGAUGGUGAUUUUGAUAUUACAAAUUAUACUGUUUUUGGUGUUUAUGCUGCUGGAAUAGCUGCUGAAUUAUUAGUUACUUGUAUGAGUACCAAAUCCAGUGCAAAAUUACAAUCAUUAUCAAUAAUAUGUAAUGUUGGCUUAAUAAAUUUAUUUUUGAUUGCAUUACCAAUAGGUACAAAAGUUAAUAGUCACUUCAACGAUGCAAAAUUCAUUUUUGGUAAGUUUGAAAACACAAGUGAUUGGCCAUCAGGUUGGGCUUUCUUUCAGUUUGGUUUUAUGCCUGCUAUUUGGACCAUUGGUGCGUUUGAUUCAACUGUUCAUAUGGCUGAAGAAUCUAAAACUCCAUCAAGAAGUAUUCCAAUUGGAAUUAUUGCAUCAAUUACCGCUUGUUGGUUAGGUGGUUUCAUUAUUUGUAUUGUUAUUUGUGCAUGUAUGUCUACAGAUAUUAAUGAAAUUGUUAAUACAGCUACAGGUCAACCAUUAAUGUUUAUAAUUUAUUCAAAUAUGGGUAAAAAAUGGGCUGUUGCGUUUUCUGCUUUAACUGCAUUUUGUCAAUUUUUAAUGGGUGCUAGUACAUUAACUGCAAUAUCAAGACAAGUUUGGGCAUUUGCUAGAGAUGAUGGAUUACCAUUUUCAAAUUGGACAAAAUAUGUUGACAAAAAACUUCAAGUUCCAAUCAAUGCUUCUGUUACAAGUGCAAUUGCUUCUUUAUUAUUAGGGCUUUUAAUGUUAGCAGGUCCUGUUGCUGCGAAUGCAUUGUUUUCAAUUAGUGUUAUUUGUGGUAAUGUUGCUUAUGCUACACCUCAAGUUUUAAGAUUCACAAGUGGAAAACACCUUUUCACACCUGGUGUUUUCUAUAUCGGUAAGAUUCUUUCACCAAUCAACAUGGUAAUCACUACUUUAUAUCAAGUAUUUGUUAUCAUAUUUGCAAUGUUCCCAGAUAGUAUCAGUGUUGGAGGUGCAUCUGAAAUGAAUUAUGCUGUUGUCAUCAAUUGUGGUCUAUGGAUACUUGGGGCAAUCUAUUUUGUUGUUUAUAAGCAUAAGUCAUAUCAUGGUCCUAAAUCAAACUUGGAGGAUGAUAAUGUUGAUUCCUUUGAUGAUGUUAGCUUUCAUGAGGGUGAAGCUGUUGAUCAAAGCUCUUCUGAUAAUGCUAUUACAAAGGGAGAUAAUAUAUAG